UAUUCUGUACAGACUACAAUAUAACACACUUGACUCUAUGCUUUUAACUAAUUUUUGCUUCAUAAUUUCCUUAAUCGUUUAGUGUUUGUAAAUAACAAUGGAUACAGAAGAAAACAAAGAUAAACUUAUUCGAUGCCUAAAUGAGCAAGUCAACGAAAUAAAUUUACUGAAAUCUAUGUACCCUGAAAAAAAUGAAUUGAUUUUCUAUGAUGCAACAGUGCUCCAAGAAAUAGAAAAUUUUUUGGCAACAUCAACAGAUUUUGUACCAAGGUACAUUGACUUUAUAAUAAAUUUACAAAUAACUAAUACUAAACUUGAAAUAUCUAUAUGUCUUCCAUCAUUUUACCCAGAUACGCAACCUAAUAUUUAUAUUAGAAGCAAUCAACUUAAUCGUCAGCAAGAAAGUAGCUUAAACAUUGAGUUUAAUAAUUUUAUGACUAAAAGUUUUAUUGGAGAAGUGUGUAUUUACACAGGUAUUUUGUGGCUACUUGAAAAUAUAGAAAAAUAUUGUGAACCACCAGCAUCAUUUCCUGUAAAUGUCAACAAAAGUAAUGAAGAACCAGAGAAGUAUACAAGAUACUGGAUAUAUUCACAUCAUAUCUACAAUAAAGAAAAAAAAGAAAUGAUAGUUAAAACAGCAAAAAAAUACAAUUUAAAUGGAUUUUGUUGUACAGGGAAACCUGGAAUUAUAUGCAUAGAAGGCAAUGAAACAACUUGCAUUGAAUGGUGGAAAAUUAUUAAGGCUUUGCACUGGAAGAAAAUAGUAAUAAGAAAAAUUGAAGAGUUAUCAAAUUCAGACUUUAACUCAAUUGAUAAUAGAUUUAAAAAUUUUACACUUAUAGAGUUUUCUAAUCAUUCCAUGUCACAACUUUGCCAAACUUUGGAGGAAGUUUCGCUACAGAAUACAUUGAGAGAAAUACUUGGAUUAUCAAAUGUCACAUGACAUAAAUGAUUUAUUUCAAGAUAAAACAUUUAUUAUAUUUACUUGAUACUCUUUUUUACAUAAUAUUGAUAUAGAUUACUAUUUAUCUUUUACCAAAUGCAGUAACAAAAUGGCAAAUGAGUCAUAGAGUGAGAUUCAAAUACUAGUCAUUCAUCUACGUUUUAAAUAAUAACAGAAAAACAAUAACAAAGAUGAAUGUUUAAAGUAAUAAAUUUAUUUAAUAAUUUACCUAACCUACUAGUCUAAGUGCAACAUUGUAGAAUUGACGCACACCUAAAUUUAGUUUUUUUUGGAAUCAUUCCGUUUUUAAAAAAAUCCUUUUUUUUUAUUUUUAUUGUGUGAGACAAUAUAGACUAAUGGUAAAUUCAGAAACAUGACCAAUUGCAAAUAAAAUUAGGUGCUGAAAUUAACAAAAGCCAAUCUCAUUUGUAUCCAAGUAGACAAUGUCAACUAUAAUACAUAUAUUUGUCCAUGGAUCAGACAUAUUAUGCUUUAAGCAAAACUAUAUAUUGAACAAAUCUAUUUAAUGCCCCAAACUCUUGUCUCGAUGUUGAAAUUGUACGAACCAAAUGAUUGCCGAAAACUUAAGAUAUAAGUGAAUUUUCAUGCUCUAAGUUUGAGUGAGUGACAUUGAAAUAUUUAGACGUAAAAUCUAUACACUAUUCUGGACCUUGAAGUUAGUGCAAUAAAAACUAGUAUGCUAUAUCUGAAA